GGACCCCCAGGACGUGGGGACUAGGGGCGCCAGCCUCCCUUGCGCUCAGUGUGCCGGCCCCUGGGAACUGUGGGUCCCAGCAUGCACUGCUGCAUCAGCUCCAUGCACCCAGCAUGCACUGCUCCCUCAGCUCCAUGCGUGUGGUUCCAGGUCCCAGCAUGCACUGCUCCCUCAGCUCCAUGCACCCAGCAUGCACUGCUCCCUCAGCUCCAUGCGUGUGGUUCCAGGUCCCAGCAUGCACUCCUGCCUCAGCUCCAUGCACCCAGCAUGCACUGCUCCCUCAGCUCCACGCCUGCGAAUCCGGGUCCCAGCAUGCACUGCUCCCUCAGCUCCAUGUGUGCGAAUCCGGGUCCCGGCAUGCACUGCUCCCUCAGCUCCAUGCGUGUGGUUUCAGGUCCCAGCAUGCACUGCUCCCUCAGCUCCAUGCGUGUGGUUCCAGGUCCCAGCAUGCACUGCUCCCUCAGCUCCAUGCACCCAGCAUGCACUGCUCCCUCAGCUCCAUGUGUGCGAAUCCGGGUCCCAGCAUGCACUGCUCCCUCAGCUCCAUGCGUGUGGAUCCAGGUCCCAGCAUGCACUGCUCCCUCAGCUCCAUGCACCCAGCAUGCACUGCUCCCUCAGCUCCAUGUGUGCGAAUCCGGGUCCCAGCAUGCACUGCUCCCUCAGCUCCAUGCGUGUGGAUCCAGGUCCCAGCAUGCACUGCUCCCUCAGCUCCAUGCACCCAGCAUGCACUGCUCCCUCAGCUCCAUGUGUGCGAAUCCAGGUCCCAGCAUGCACUGCUCCCUCAGCUCCACGCCUGCGAAUCCAGGUCCCAGCAUGCACUGCCCCCUCAGCUCCAUGCGCCCAGCAUGCACUGCUCCCUCAGCUCCGUGGGUGUGGAUCCGGGUCCCAGCAUGCACUGCCCCCUCAGCUCCAUGUACCCAGCAUGCACUGCCCCCUCAGCUCCAUGUACCCAGCAUGCACUGCUCCCUCGGCUUCAUAUGCAUGGAUCUGGGUCCCAGCAUGCACUGCCCCCUCAGUUCCAUGCGUGUGCAUCCAGGUCCCAGCAUGCACUGCUCCCUCAACUCCAUGCAAGUGAAUCCGGGUCCCAGCAUGCACUGCUUCCUCAGCUCCAUGCAUGUGGAACCGGGUCCCAGCAUGCACUGCUCCCUCGGCUCCAUGCACCCAGCAUGCACUGCUCCCUCAGCUCUGUGUGUGUGGAGACGGGUCCCAGCAUUCACUGCUCCUUCAGCUCCAUGAGUGGAUCCAGGUCCCAGCAUGCACCGCUUCUUCUGCUCUGCGUGGAGGGCGCGGGGGCGUAUCCGAGUCCCAGCAUGCACUGCUCUUUCCCAUCCCAGUGGUGAGGUGCUGUGCAUGCUGGGAGCCGU